CUGCCACUCUUUCUCCGGGUUCCCUGCGCCAGAAACACAGGAGCGCUCCCACGCACACCCAUCACACCCAACUUCACCUCUCCUUGCAGAGGAGCCAGUUCACGUUGUUGCAAGCCGCCCAGCUCAUCGCCACCCUCUGCAGCCAUGACCACCAGGUCUUCAUCCUCCUACCGCCGGAUAUUUGGGGGCCCAGGCACCGCCAGCCGGCCCAGCUCCAACCGGAGCUAUGUGACCACGUCCACCCGCACCUACAACCUGGGUAGCGCGCUGCGCCCCAGCACCAGCCGCAGCCUCUUUUCUUCGUCCCCGGCCGGUGGUAUGUACGCCACGCGCUCCUCAGCCGUGCGCCUGCGGAGCAGCAUGCCCGGCAUGAGGCUGAUGCAGGACUCGGUGGACUUCUCGCUGGCCGAUGCCAUCAACACUGAGUUCAAGAACACCCGCACCAACGAGAAAGUGGAGCUGCAGGAACUCAAUGACCGCUUCGCCAACUACAUCGACAAGGUGCGCUUCCUGGAGCAGCAGAACAAGAUCCUGCUGGCCGAGCUCGAGCAGCUCAAGGGCCAGGGCAAGUCCCGCCUGGGGGACCUGUACGAGGAGGAGAUGAGGGAGCUGCGUCGGCAGGUGGAUCAGCUCACCAACGACAAGGCGCGCGUCGAAGUGGAGCGGGACAACCUGGCUGAGGACAUCAUGCGGCUCCGGGAGAAGUUGCAAGAGGAGAUGCUUCAGAGAGAGGAAGCCGAGAGCAGCCUGCAAUCUUUCAGACAGGAUGUGGACAAUGCCUCCCUGGCUCGUCUUGACCUUGAACGUAAAGUGGAAUCCUUGAAUGAAGAGAUUGCCUUUUUGAGGAAGCUGCAUGAGGAGGAAAUCCAGGAGUUGCAGGCCCAGAUUCAAGAACAGCAUGUCCAAAUCGAUGUGGACGUUUCGAAGCCUGACCUCACGGCUGCCCUGCGUGACGUCCGUCAGCAAUAUGAAACUGUGGCUGCCAAGAACCUUCAGGAGGCUGAAGAAUGGUACAAGUCUAAGUUUGCUGACCUCUCUGAGGCUGCUAACCGGAACAAUGAUGCCUUGCGCCAGGCGAAGCAGGAAUCUAAUGAGUACCGGAGACAGGUCCAGUCUCUCACCUGUGAAGUGGAUGCUCUGAAGGGAACUAAUGAAUCUCUAGAGCGCCAGAUGCGUGAAAUGGAAGAGAACUUUGCUGUCGAAGCUGCUAACUACCAAGACACUAUUGGCCGUCUGCAGGAUGAGAUUCAGAACAUGAAGGAAGAAAUGGCUCGUCACCUUCGUGAAUAUCAAGACCUGCUGAAUGUUAAGAUGGCUCUUGACAUUGAGAUUGCCACCUACAGGAAGCUGCUGGAGGGCGAGGAGAGCAGAAUUUCUCUGCCUAUUCCAACCUUUUCUUCCCUGAACCUGAGGGAAACCAACCUGGAGUCUCUCCCUCUGGUUGACACCCACUCAAAAAGAACACUCCUGAUUAAGACAGUUGAAACUAGAGAUGGGCAGGUUAUCAACGAAACUUCCCAGCACCAUGAUGACCUUGAGUGAAAACUACGCAUGCUCGGUGUAGCAAUAUAUUAUCAGCAAGAAUAAAAUUGAAGUCCGUGUCUUAAAGAAACAGCUUUCAAGUGCCUUUUGCAGUUUUUCAGAAGCGCAAGAUAGAUUUGGAAUAGGAAUAAGCUCUAGUUCUUAAGAUCCAACACUCCUAAAAGAGUUAGGAAGAAAAUAAAAGUUUACAACAUAACCUAGUCUUGUGCUAGAAUACUUUUUUAAAAAGUAUUUUUGAAUAUCAUUAAAACUGCUUUUUUCCAGCAAGUAUCUGACCAACUUGUUUCUGCUUCAAUAAAUUUUUGG